UGACGGGGUUUAUUUUCUAGCAGGUCGGUGAAGGGAAUGGAGAGCCCCUGAGAGAUGACUCAGCCUACGAUGCCUUCGUUGUUUCCACCUUCGUCACUCCUGGAAACCUCAGGUCAGGCAUGGAGGUGGGUCAGACAUGAAGAAGGAAAGAAAUGCCUCAAUUACUUCACUUUCUACUACUGUUGGUCGGAGGAGUGGUUUCUUUAGUGCUUCUUUUCAACACCAGCGGACCUGUCAACACCCUGGAGAGGUUUCAGCUUGAUGGUCCACGGUUAAGCCGCAGCAGACCGGUGACUUUCACCGCCAGUGACGUCAACAACACUGCUAACUGGACAACAGUCUACUUGGAACACUUACAAAAGGCUUAUGAAACACAGAAUAAGGAACAUGUCAAUCCGCAUAAUUUUAAACUUCGUUUGGAUGAGCCCAUGGCGUGUGUGGACGUGGAAAGCGGGACUCCGAAGUGUGUGGUGCUACUGGUGCUUAUUUCUACUGUUCAUGCUAAUUAUGGACGUAGGCAAGCGAUACGGGAAACAUGGGGGAGUCCGAAGAAGCUCGCAGGCCUACAUGUUGUGACCUUAUUCCUUCUUGGCAAUACGAGUAACAUAAACUUUGAAAAGAGGAUAAUAGAAGAGAGCUCACAUUAUCACGAUCUUUUACUCGAGGAUUUCACGGACACCUACAAGAACCUAACGUUGAAGACCAUGAUGGCGAUGAAGUGGGCAAGUACUCAUUGCCCACAAGCUUCUUUUGUUAUGAAGACAGACGACGAUAUGUACGUCAGCUACCGCAACAUCUUGAACUACAUCAUGGUCUCCAAUGCCCCGGACACCAACUUGGCGUUUGGGCUCGUGCUCGCUGGUCAAGCCCCGGUGAGGGAUAAGAGAAGUAAGUGGUACAUGUCUGAGGAGUUAUUCUCCGGAGACGUUUACCCACCUUGGCUUUCUGGCGGAGGGUUCGUCCUAUCAGGGGAUCUUCCCGCCCGAAUCUAUGCAGCAUCUCUCGAUAUCGGCUACCUCUAUCUUGAAGACGUCUACGUCGGAUUUUGUCUGAAGAAGCUUGAGAUAUCACUGGUGAUGAAUCAGCAAUUUAAUAAUAUGAAUGUGCCGUACUCGUAUUGUAGGUAUCGUAAUAUCAUCACCUCCCAUCAUAAUGCUCCUGAUUUACUCAGGACAAUCUGGGCAGAUCAGCAAAGGAGUACUCCAUGCUGGUUCUUAACUUGAGUUAUUCUUGAAAAAUGGGGAAGGGGAUGGGGGGAGAGGAGAUGUAUCCUGUUCAAGAUGACCAAUAUUCCUGCCACAAAUUCACUUAAAACUGACGACACAAUCGGCGAAUGGAAUCAUGUGACCCAUAGUAGGUGGUAACAUACGAUGUAAACAAACCAAGCAGCCACACCCAGUCUGGGUGGAAAAGCGUCCCUUCAUCCGCACCUAUGACAAAAGUAGCCAUGCUUGUCCAUACACACUGGCUGUGCGGCGCUUUUGCUUGGUUUGUUUACAUUGUAUCCACUACAAGACGCCUGACUCCAGUCGCCUUUUGUGUCUGUAUGGCGCAGAAUUGGCCUGCAGUAUUUUUAUUUUAUUUUUCUUUUUUACAGUUUUUGCAUUUGUUUGUUUUCUCACCAUGUUUUGUCAUUCAGAAUCAAUGCAUUCCAACUUAAAUGUAAUCUCAACUUCUAACCAGUGUUGUAGUGUGUCAUAACUUAACAGUCAAACGUAUCUAACUCAGAGGUUUCUAAGAGUAACUAUAAAUAUAAAUAUGAAUAGUAAACUUGUGGGUACAACCAUGAGUACGCGGUUCCUGAUGACCAAGCCAGCAGAGUGUGGGUUCGAAUCCCGGUCAUGACACUAAAGCCCAGUUCAUACUUCCUGCGA